UUCCGAUCCGCUCCUAUAAAACCAGAAACCAUUGAGUAAGCCCCUGUUUGGUGAAGCAAUCCCCAUAGCUGGUUGUGUCAAAUGGAAGAGCAAUUUGCGUGCCCUGUUGCCUUUGGGAUUUCCACCUGCAUAGUUGGCGCACCUCGUCGCUUGCAGUACUUAUGCUUUAGUAGCCAGUCUUCCAACUCUGAGGACUGCAGGUCCUGAAGUCUUUAUAAUGUUUCUGCUGCGAAAUACACAUCCUGUUGCCCCAGAUCUACCUUCUAUUUCAGAAACGAAGCGCACCAAGGAUGUUAGAACUGAACCCAAACCAGCUACAACAUUGGAGGGUCUUAUCGCCGAAGAUCCAUUUCCAGUUGAGAAUGGUGAUAAGGAUAGUGACUUAAGCGGUGGAUCUACGGUUUCCACUUCCAAGUUCCAUACCGAUUUUGGAAACCACUUAGACGUUGCCGAAGAUGAAGGAUGGAUAACAAUUCCAAAAGAUAAAGUUCCUGAUGAUUGGUUUCUCGCAUCAAAUGUACAGCAGUUGCGCUCCUUGGACAGGUCUUUUGUUUUCUCUGGUGAACAACUUCGUUUGUUAGUGUGCUUAUCAGCAGCUAAGCAUGAUGAAGAAGUCGCGACUCCAUUAAUAGUUUCUGGGUUUAUGUCAAAAAAUGAAAAUUCUACGCAGUUUAGGAAGCAUCAGAAUGAGAUUUCAUUCAGCACUUCCGCUAUCAUUGCUCAAGUGAAGGAGAAUGAUAUGCUUGCCGCAAAUGUAGGUCCAAGUGAAUGCAGCGAUCAAGCUUUGCCUAGUUGUGAGGUGGGUCCUGGGCAGGAUGCAAACAUAACCAAAGCCUUGCUUCAGAGUGAAGAUCAUGAGCUACGGAUAAAAACAUUGCUGCAAAAAUUAAGCUUUUCAAAUUUCUUUGUAAGAGUUGCAGAAUCUGAUGAGCCACUGUGGUCUAAAAAAAUUUCAGCAGAAUCAUCUUCAACUAACUCAGAUAUGGCUGGAGGGAUAUUCCAUGCAAAAGAUGGUGCUCCAAGAAAAGAAAGCCUGAGUGCAAUUAUUGAUCAAGGAAGUUUCGACUGCUGUGCUUCUGGUGGGGUGGCUAGAGACGUUAAAUGCUACUGCUUGUCAAGUGGUGACAUAGUGGUUCUUUUACAAGUGAACGUCGCAGCUGGCAAUAUAAAGGAUCCUGUGCUUGAGGUUCUUCAGUUUGAGAAGUACGGAUCUUUAGUUCCUGACUCUGAGAAUUUGAGUAAUUUAUAUUCUUCAAGCCGUUAUGAUCCAUACGGGGAACUUCUUAAUUGGUUACUCCCUUUGAAUCGUACUCUAGCCCCUCAUUCAUUAUUACCUCCAUUAGGGCAAGAUCAAACAGUUGCUACUCACAGGUCAACGUCUUCCUAUUCUGGUUCACAAAUUUUCUCUUUUGGCCAGUUCCGAAGUUACUCCAUGCCAUCACUUCCGAAAGAUAAUAAUGCACCUUCCAUCUUUGCUACUCACAAUUCAAAACCUUCUCUUGACCUUGAAGAUUUAGAUUGUUUCACGCCGGAGAAGUCAAAGAAUCAUGAUAUGGAAAAUGAGGGUCUUUUUUCGUUUCGAGGUGUUUCUCUUGUGCCUGAACGGUUUUCUGUUCACUGUGGUUUUGAAGGUAUAUACUUACCUGGCCGGCGAUGGCGUAGAAAGAUUGAAAUUGUUCAGCCAUUAGAAAUUCAUAGUUUUGCUGCUUCAUGCGCUACUGAGGAUCUUCUGUGUGUUCAGAUCAAGAACAUUUCACCAGCGCAUUUGCCAGAGAUAACUAUAUUUUUGGACGCAAUAAAUAUUAUAUAUGAUGAGCCAUCAAAGGGAAGUCCACCUUUUUAUCUACCGCUUUCAAGCAUUGAGACAGGAGGUGGUCACAAUUUACCUAAUCUUCCGCUCAGGAGAGGCGAGGAACAUUCUUUUAUCCUGAAACCGGUGAUCAAAUUAGAUGGCAAUUUUGAUGGCCGUAGUAAUGCACACCCUAUGGUUUUACAUGCGAAGGUAGGUACAACUGUAUUGGGAUCAACUUCAAAGGCAAGUUACAUGAAGAAGAUUUUACCAAGCACAGAUCAAUAUGCAGUUUUAGUUUCCUGCCGUUGCAACUACAGUGAAUCAAAAUUAUUCUUCAAGCAGAGAACAAGUUGGCGUCCCCACAUUGCCAAGGAUCUCAUUAUCUCUGUAGUUUCAGAAAUUUCACAUCAGACGGUUGAAUCAACUGGAGUACCGCAACUUCCGGUUCAGGUGUUAACCCUCCACGCUUCAAACUUAACUUCUGAAGAUCUUAAUCUUACUGUUCUGGCUCCAUUAUCAGCACCUUCUUCGCCAUCUGUAUUGCCCUUGAGCUCCACACCAAGAAACCCUAUGAAUGCUCAAGCUAAUUUUCCUGAAUUCAUAGGAGGGGAAGCCGGGGGGAAAAAUACUGUCACUGAAAAACAGAAAGUUAAUGAUGGUAGUGGCAAAGGAUCAAGUUCUCUUACUCAGCGUCGGGGUGCGACUUCUGAUAUCAUUUCAAGCACAGAUCAGGGGUGUACACAUCUCUGGUUGCAGAGCACGGUGCCCUUGGGAGUUGUACCUGCACACUCGAGUACCAGCGUCAAACUUGAGUUACUUCCUUUGACAGAUGGAAUAAUUACUCUGGACACGCUGCAAGUAGCUGCUCGAGAUAAAGGUGUAAUUUACAUACCAGAGCAGCCAUUGAAGAUCUAUGCUACUUCCAGCAUAGCGAAAGAAAUUGCUUAGACUUCAUGAUAAUUGGCGCCCGAUUUCAUUCGAUAAUUGUCAUCUUUGACGGAGACAUGUAUAUGUCAAGAUUCUCCUCAAUAUAGUGUCAGUAGAAAUCCGGAGAUCAACAUAGAUUCUCCGUAAUAUCUGUAUUGCCCAUCACACUUGAUUCGCUCAAGGACAGCUGAACCAAAAAAAUCUUGGCCCCAGUUACAGUAAGUUCUAUGUUUUUAUUUCUCAUUUGUUUUCUACUUAUACAGAAAUGCGAAGCAGCUGCUGUGUCUGCUCUUGUAAUUCUCUAUAUUUCCUCUUCGCCAGCAUCUUUGUUUAUCCCAAUUUUUAUUUGGGAUUUUGGAUUAAUUGUUAUACUUUAUUGGCAAAAUAUUUGAUUGAUAAUUUAUUUUCCAUGUAUGUGUGGAGCUUUAGGUCAAAGGUCCCAUCUAUAAACAUAUUAAUGGAGUUUUUAAUACAGUUUUGAUGUUUUUGUGUCAA